AUGGAUUUAGACAUCCUACCAAUUUUGACGUUCGUCAAUCACACCGAGUGGAAAGCUUUGCCGACUACGGAACCACUUGAGAAAUUGGAUGUCAUUCCAGCUCCAUAUGUUACGAUUUAUCACACGGGUACUGAAACAUGUUUCUAUUUAGAGGCUUGUGCCCGAAUUCUCCGACGUCUUCAAGCUAGUUACAUCACAACCUAUCCCUGGGAUCGUGAAAUAGGUUUCAACUUUGUCAUCAGCGGUGACGGCAGCGUCUACGUCGGACGCGGGUGGGACACCGUUGGCGCUCACACCCUCGGACUCAACAGAAAGAGCAUCGGGAUCGCUUUAAUUGGAACAUUUUACGACAGAUCACCAACCGCUAUUCAACUUUCUUCAGUUGUAAAUCUCAUUAGAUUCGGCAUCUAUGGCAAUCACAUUGAUAAAGAAUUUAAAUACUAUUCUUAUCCUGAAAUGUCCUUACCAUUGUAUGCUAAAAAUAAAUUGACAGACGUUACUCAAGUGAUGGGUCAAUGA